AGGAGCUUCGCCACAAUGAUAUUCCAGCAAAGCAGCGCAGGCGGCGCACAGCAAGUAUGGCCGGGGAUAGCGAAACACACCUAAGGGACCGUGACGAGAAUACCAACAUUAUUCGACAGCCCUUUCUCAUCGGUGUGUCCGGAGGCACCGCCAGCGGAAAGUCGUCAGUAUGUGGGAAAAUCAUGGAGCUGCUGGGCCAGAACAAGAUCGACCACCACCAACGGCAGGUGGCGAUCCUCAGCCAGGACAGCUUCUACAAAGUGCUAACUCCGGAGCAGAAGGCAAAGGCACAGAAGGGCCAGUUCAACUUUGAUCAUCCAGAUGCCUUUGACAAUGAGCUGAUCAUGCAAACACUGCGACAGAUUCUGCAGGGAAAGACGGUCCAGAUUCCAGUUUAUGACUUUGUCACGCAUUCCAGGAAAGAGGAGUUUGUCACAGUGUAUCCGGCCGACGUGGUCCUGUUUGAGGGCAUCCUCAUGUUCUACUCCCAGGAAAUCAGAGACCUGUUCCAGAUGAAGCUGUUUGUUGACACAGAUCCAGACACGCGGCUGUCACGUCGAGUUCUUAGAGACAUCAGCGAGCGCGGCAGAGAGCUGGAGCAGGUGCUGACUCAGUACAUCACUUUUGUGAAACCGGCCUUCGAGGAAUUCUGUUUACCAACAAAGAAGUAUGCAGAUGUGAUCAUUCCACGAGGAGCAGAUAACCUUGUGGCCAUCAACUUGAUAGUACAGCACAUCCAAGACAUUCUGAACGGCGGGCUAAGCAAGCGUCACAACGGUUGCACGAAUGGCCACAGCACUCCACGUCAGCGGCGGACCUCGGAGUCCAGCAGCCGGCCUCAUUGACCUCAUCACACCUCUCUUCAUGGGGCGGAGAGGGGUGUGGGGGAGGGGGUCGUGCUGUAAAUAAUGCCUGUUGGCAUCCCUGUAUUUAAGAGAAAAAAAGAGAUGCAAAAAGAAUUGAAAUGCCUUUUAUUAUUAUUACUAUUAUUAUUAUUCUGACUACUCUUGUUAUUAGUUACUUUCAUUGUAAUUGUUGAACUUGAGAUUUAGAUUUUUGUCGGGAGGGUAAAAGAGAAGCUCUUGUUCUUGUGAUGAGACCAUGGGUUAACAUUGACCCCAUGCAUUUUCCUCCCAGAUUGCAUUUUGUUUUUUAUGUGUCCCCUGCUGCUCCAUGGAAAAUUCAUGCCGCUAAUGAAUAAAAGAGGGGAAUCCUUUUACUUUUUUUUUCUUUUUUUUUUUUUUUCUUCAAUGUCUGAUAAAACUUGAACCCAUGAUGUCCAGGGGAUGUGAUAAAUGUUUGGGGGGGAUUCCAAAUGAGAAGGAUGUGGAUUAGAAGGCGAGUUGAAGAAGCCGGGAUUGCACUCUGUAUUUCUACUGACAAUCUUGGUGUUUCCCUUUCUACCAGUGUUUUUUAAGUUCCCCUGUUGUAUUAUGUAGUGUAAAGUGUUACACUAGAGGUCUUUUUACUACACAAAGUGUCCACCACAUUGAUUGUGUCUGUCUGCCGCAGCAGUAACACACUACACAAUUUUUUUUUUUUUUUUUUUUUUUAUAAAAACUGAUUGUUGCACACAGAAUAAUGUGACGACCAGACCAAUGAAGCCAAAGGCUGGAUGGUUCAACUGAUUGCUGAAUUAACUCAGUUUAGUGUGGGUAAUGUUACAUUUAUGCUUGUACCCUCUGGCAAACAAAAUACUGUACAAGUAUUCCUGUACAGAGGGAAUUAACUCAUAACCUUAAUCAAAUUUGGAUAUAUUAUCUACCUAUUUACCCUAAUUUAGGCAGUUUUGCUUGCAUUCACAUGAUGGUUGGUUAUGUUAAACAAGAUAAACGUAUGAAGUUUCUACUCAGGUUGAUAAUUUUGACUUGAAAUGUCGUAAAAAGCGCGUUCAAUGCCACAGCAAUAUCCGCUUUCCCAGGUGUGUGGCUAUUAACCAUCAAGACCCACCACAAUGCCUCUGCAAAGUUGCCUCAGGUUAAAGUGUACAGUAAGUAUCCACAUUAGAAACCGGUUUCCAUUCAAACUCUAGGUUAUAAUGAAAAAAAAAGAAAAUACUUGUUGAAUCAGUUUUGUAUUCCAUGUGCUGUAUUUGUUGUACGUCGUGCAAGUGAAUGAAUGAUUUGUACCAUGAGAUUUGUACAGUAUGGGUGUUGACUUGGUUUUGGGUGUUGGAUGAUUUCUAGUUGAAUGAUAUCAAUUGCCUAAUGGUCAAUAAAAUGAUAAAGCUCA